AUGGCGGAUAAUUCGCGCUCGACCCGUUCGCCCAAACCGAUCAAUUUGAACACCGGCCAGUUGGCAUCGGAUUUCGGGACGGCCACGGGACUGAUGGUGAAAACGGUGCGCUCCGCCUCAGCGUCGUCAACAUACGCUAACUGCUCCUCGCCGCCGUCGAUCUCGUCUGUGGAGAGGUCCCAACCGCCCGUCACGCCUCCGGCUUGGUUCAAGGUGGAUCCGAGGUCCGACUCCCCGUUCCCGAUGAAGCCACCAAAUGACAAGAAGGAC